UUAUGCACUUGACAGCUAGUUGACAUUCCAUGUUGCGCCACUUUCGGUUGGGAGAAUUGCGGAUCGUUUAGCCUUUGGUUAAAAUAGCUGAAAAAUGUCCAUAGCAGAAGGGAAAAUGAGUAGUGAAAGCGAAGAUGACCAAAGUUUUCAUAGACAAGCAGCAAAGAGACAAGAUAUGUGUGAAGCAUGCGACGUAAAUCCUGCAAAGUACAAGUGCCCGCGUUGCGAGGUUAGAACCUGCUGUUUGCCGUGUCUCAAUCUUCACAAGCGAGAAUUAAAAUGCAAUGGUAUCCGUGACCGUACAAGAUACAUUCCUUUGGUAAAAAUGACAAAGAUGGAUAUCAUGAAUGAUUAUUACUUUCUCGAAGAGUGCACUAGAUUCGUGGAGGAUCAGAAGCGAGAUAAUAAGAAACGAUUCACCACAGGGUAUGAUAAACUGUUACCGUCUGGCCUUUUCCGCUUGAGAAAUGCUGCAAAUGAGCGAAAUAUAUCCCUUCGAUUUCUAGUGAAAGGGUUUACCAAGCGCCUUAAGAACACCACGCAACUUGAUUUCCGCAGUUCUACUAUCUUCUGGCGUGUGGAAUGGUGCUUUCCGAAUGGAGAGGAAGCUAUCACAUUCGUGGAUGAGAGAGUUAAUGAAAACAUAAAACUGUAUGAGGUAGUCAGCAAGUAUUUCGAACCGGACGAUUUAGGAAAGGCCAGACUCGAACAGUAUAAGGCAGCAGGAAUAAGAGAAGUGGAAUUGCUGUUAAAGGCAGAAGGCAUAAGGCAAUGCCGCAAUCGUUUUUUUCCACUGAAUUUGAACAAAAGCUUCCUUGAAAACAUGGCAGGUAAAACCAUUGUAGAGUAUCCGCAAAUAUAUGUUGUCUUGAGAAGCCAGCUCGAUGCCUUCAACAUUGUUGAAAGCGAUGAUGACGAGAGUAUUGCAGUAACCAGCAACAAAUGUAGAGGUUCUGCUUCUGAAAAUAGCGUCAAACAAGACAUAUACACUAGAGCAAUUGAACGUAAAUUGGAUGAAAUGGAUAUUGACCAAUGUAAAAAACAAAAAAGAACUGCCGCAAAAGCAGGAACAGAGAAGUGCGUAAGAUUAAAUUUCCUUUUUGCGGAGGAAUCCUUUUCAUUUUCUUCAGACACAGACGAUGGAGCAGUUACAGAGGAAGAGAUCGAUAUGAUGAUAUAAGGCAAAUACAGUACAUGUAAGCCGAGUGCAAGUGUUUACUCUUCAAAUCGAUUCAGAUAAGAUUAGCAAUGUUAAAGGAUGCUGAGAUUUUAGGAACUUCAUAAGGGUGGUGAGAAUACUGAAUAUUUCGUUGAAUUACUGUUGAAUCGACGCACAAUGUAUUAAAAAAUAUUGAAUAAAACUACACAUACUGAAAAUA